UUCCUAGCUUCACAUUCUCAAUCCCUGGCAAAAAAAAACUUAUUCGUCUCAGAAAAAUUGCACUUGUGAAAUUCGUAAAAUAGAUUAAUAAUAAAUUUACAAGAUGUCUUUAUCGACGGGUGUUAUUGGUCGCAUAAUGCAAGGCGAGGAUGUGGAAAAUCCUGUCCUACAGAUUCUGGCCAUCAAGCGAAUCAAUAGCAAUGUGGAAUCGGAACGCUAUCGCAUUUUAAUAUCUGAUGGCAUGUACUUCAAUAGCUACGCCAUGUUGGCCAGUCAAUUGAAUCAUUUGCACCAAGCGGGUGAUUUGGAAGAGUUCACCAUUGUCCGACUGGACAAAUAUAUGACAUCCUUGGUGGGCAAAGAGGGUGUGGGAAAACGUGUCCUAAUCAUCAACGAAUUGAGUGUUCUUAAAUCUGGAUCCGAGCAGAAAAGCAAAAUCGGCGAGCCGGUAACCUAUGAGAAUGCCAAGAAAACACCCGCCCCUGCGGCCCCGUCCAUUCCCACCAAAAAGGAGCCUCUCUUUGGCAAUAUCAACAGCAGCAAGAACAACAAUAACAAUAAUAAUAACAACAACAACACCAUGAAUUCUACACUUAAUGCUGGAUUAACUCAUCCCAUAGCCAGUUUGAGCCCCUAUCAGAAUAAAUGGGUUAUCAAGGCUCGAGUUACCGCCAAAACGGCCAUACGCACUUGGAGUAAUCCACGCGGAGAGGGUAAAUUGUUUAGUAUGGAUUUGAUGGACGAGUCUGGUGAAAUACGUGCCACCGCUUUCAAGGAGCAAUGUGAUAAGUUCUACGAUCUCAUCCAGGUCGAUGGUGUCUAUUAUUUCUCCAAGUGUCAGCUAAAGCCGGCUAAUAAACAAUACUCCCAACUGAAGAAUGACUACGAGAUGACCUUCACGGGAGAGACGAUGGUUCAAAUGUGCGAGGAUGAAGAGGACAGCAUUCCCGAGAUUAAAUACGAUCUGGUGCCCAUUUCCCAAGUCUCUAAUAUGGAAAACAAGGCAGCAGUGGACACCAUUGGCAUUUGCAAAGAGGUUGGCGAACUACAGACUUUCACUUCACGCACCACCAACAAGGAGUUCAAAAAACGUGACCUUACCCUGGUGGACAUGAGCAACUCGGCCAUUAGUCUGACAUUGUGGGGCGAUGAUGCCGUCAAUUUCGAUGGACAUGUUCAGCCGGUAAUAUUGGUCAAGGGAACGCGUAUCAAUGAGUUCAACGGUGGCAAAAGUCUCAGCCUGGGCGGUGGUUCCAUCAUGAAAAUAAAUCCCGAUAUUCCAGAGGCUCACAAACUGCGUGGUUGGUUUGAUAAUGGAGGAGGUGAUAAUAUUGCCAAUAUGGUAUCGGCACGCACAGGCGGAGGAACAUUUUCCGCCGACUGGUUGACCCUCAAGGAUGCCCGAGAGCGUAACUUGGGCAGUGGUGACAAACCCGAUUACUUCCAAUGCAAGGCUGUGGUUCACAUUGUGAAGCAGGAAAAUGCCUUCUACAAGGCUUGCCCCCAGGCCGAAUGCAACAAGAAGGUUGUCGAUGAGGGCAACGAUCGCUAUCGCUGUGAACGUUGCAAUCAAGAUUUCCCCAAUUUCAAAUAUCGCUUGCUUAUCAAUUUAAGCAUUGGUGAUUGGACCUCUAACCGAUGGGUCACCUGUUUCAGUGAGAUUGGUGAGCAGCUACUCAAGCACACUGCCCAAGAGGUGGGCGAGGCACUGGAAAACGAUCCACCCAAAGCAGAACAAAUGUUCUCGGGCAUGAAUUUCUCGGCUCACAUUUUCAAGUUGCGUUGCAAGAACGAAGUCUACGGCGACAUGACCCGCAACAAGCUCACAGUUCAGUCCGUCUCACCCAUUAACUAUAAGGACUACAAUAAACAUUUGAUUAAGGAACUCCAGCAGCUAACUGGCAUUGGCAGCUCCAAUUAAAUUUACUCUCAGUGCAGUGCACGUUCCAAAAUACAUAUAUCUUCAAUAAGCUACACACAUAAGAAUGAAAUUUUUUCUAUAUAUGGAAUCAACAUUAACGAUUUGCAAAUAAUAUUUAUAUGAUUGUACAUUUAUUGCCAAAAAGAGAACUCAUGAAAUUCCUCAACAUUA